AUGGAGUAUCGGCAUCCCAAUGCAUUGGAUGGAAAUGAAGGUUCUCGUGUAUACGAGGAAAUUUUUGGUGCUCCACGUAGACGGGAUCCUAUUCGAGCUGUUAGUAGUCCAGUACUAAGCAUUGAUGCUAGUAUGAAGAAACCAGUCAACCCUUCAAAUCGAAGGAUCCCCCGGAAACCGAUGCCGAAUCGUACUGCCAGUUUGCAAACUUCCAUUGCGGCCGAUCCCUCCCACGAACAAUACUCCGAGGUUUCUCCUAUAAAAAUUGUAGAUUAUUAUGAUAAUUCACCCUCAUUUAUAAAUACUAGUAACCCUACAAGUCCCUUGAAUAUCAAAGGAGAUUAUGGGUUUUCUCCUUCUCUUCCUUCUUAUGAUGAUUCAACGGCUUCUAAUGCAAUCGAUAAACACCCUGGCCCUUCUACUUAUAACCGGAAUGACUCUUUUAACUCCACGACACCAAAGCUUGCUUCGUCUCCUGAAGGACAUAGCCCCAUUACCUCUGAACGGCAAAACUCAAUAGCCAGUGCCGUGGUCGAACCUGAACUGUAUGAAGAAUCGGGUAUGACCUUGAAUGCUGCUUCAGUAGUCGAAUCUAGAAGCAAUAGCAUGCAGUCAAGCCACGCUUCCUUUCAGAAUCCUCAAAAUCCACUCGGGUCUUCUUCAGUUGCUAGCAUGAAUGUUCGUCAAGGUACGGAUCCACCUUCAAAGCAACCGGAAGCUGGCUCUUUGUAUGCAACAAAUCGUCAACCUUCUUUCUCAUCUUCCAGUCCGGUAUCACCGGCCUCUACUAUGACUUCUGGGUUUAACUUUCCUGUUACGAUGUCUCCCGCGGUAGAAUCUCAACCGAGCAGAACAAGUACGCCUGCUCAUCCUUCUUCUCCGUCGCCGCCCUAUUCCAAGCCCGCGAUAUCAAGACCCAUUUCUUCUGCAUCAGUUCCCGUCCGCGGUCCUCCGGCAAGUAAUCUUAGAAUUGUACCUCCUCAACAAAGAAAUCCUAGAAAUCAUUCCUUUGAUCAUGCUAGUAUUGCACACUUGGAGGCUAUGAAGCAGAAACGCCUGCAUGCUGAGGCUACCGCGCGUUCCUACACUUUAAGUUCGUACAAGUCAUCCGAUUCGGCAACUAUUUCUGAACCUUCAACUCAUCCUUCCAGUCCUACUGCAUUCACUCCAUCUGAAAGGAGCUCCCCUGCUGGAAAGCUUAAGAAAAGGCGUAAAGUAUAUGCAGCUAUACUUUCCCGUGUUGCUGAAGAAUUGGUGGCACGAGUACAACUUAAUGAUAUUUCCAAAGAUGGCCUUGUUUAUUCCAAUGCUUUUACGGGAGACUACGCAGUAGCACUUCUUAUGGGAAUAAUUCAUACCUCAGAUCGUACCUUAGCUUUGCUUGUUGGUAGAUCAUUAGACGCACAGAAAUUUAUUCAUGAUGUUACAUAUGACCAUCGACUUCGUGAUUCCCAUCGAGAAAUUUACCAGUUUCAAGGCAUCAAUUACCGUCGGCUUAUUUCUCAUGAUGCAGCUUCCCCAAAGGACCGUUUUUCUCGUGAUUAUAAUGAAGAUUAUGAUUCAGGUAUACAAAAUUCUACCUCAGCCAUUGAAGAUGUACGGUUUCCCAAUGGUGUUUUCACUUUGUUAACUCGCUGUUAUUCUCCUACCUGUGCUAAAGAUCACCCUUGCUAUUCUAUUUCUUGUCCACGUCGCUUAGAACAACAGCACCGCAUGUUUGCUAAGAUGCGUGCUAAUGCUGAACAGUCAUCAUCCUUAACUUUUGAUGACAAAGAACAGAAGUUAUGGAUUCAUAGCGUUUCUAAAGAAAUUGCGAACAGCGUUAGUGAACGUGAGCGAAAAAGGCAAGAAGUAAUUUGCGAGGUUAUUUAUACUGAGAGAGACUUUGUCAAGGAUUUGGAAUAUUUACGUGAUUAUUGGAUAAAACCUCUUUGGGCUUCGAACUGUAUACAUGAACGGAAAAAAGAAAAGUUUAUUCGUACUGUUUUUUUGAACGCACUAGAGGUUCAAGCUGUGAACUCCAAACUUGCUGAAGCUUUAACCCGAAGACAAAAUUAUAAACCUAUUGUUGAUAACAUCGCCGAUGUGUUUUUAGAGCAUGUGCCAAAAUUCGAGCCUUUUAUACGUUAUGGUGCCGGGCAAUUAUACGGAAAGUACGAAUUUGAAAAGGAGAAGUCUAACAAUCCGGCUUUCGCCAAAUUUGUUUACGAUGUUGAGCGAAUGAAGGAGUCUCGGAAACUAGAGUUAAACGGAUAUUUAACAAAACCAACUACUCGAUUAGCAAGGUAUCCUUUACUUUUGGAGGCCGUAUUAAAGUAUACUGAAGAGGGAAAUCCUGAUAAGCAGGAUAUACCGAAAGUAGUGGGUAUUGUCAGGGGAUUCCUUUCUCGUCUUAAUUUAGAAAGUGGAAAGGCCGAAAACCAGUUUAAUCUCUUCCAUUUAAAUCAACAGCUCGUGUUUAAGCCUGGAGAGCAUUAUGAUUUACAUCUUCUAGAUGCCAAUAGACAGCUUAUUUUUAAAGGACCACUUAAAAAAAGGAGUGCAGCUUCUAGUGCUUUGGAUUCUAGUUCGGAUGUUAGCAUGUUUUUGUUCGACCAUGCACUGCUAAUAGUGAAGCCUAAAAUUAUUAACAAAAGGGAAAUAUUCAAAGUCUACCAGAGACCAAUACCUUUGUUGCUCUUGCAGCAAUAUUUACUUGAUGAAGCUGGAACACGAAUUCCCUAUUCUAACAAGAGUCAACUUGCAGCGAUCUCGAAAGUUGCAAAUGGAAAGCCGCCAGGAAGAUUACAUCCUUUCAGUUUGCAACUUUUAGGUAGGGGAGGAUAUGAAAUCACUCUUUAUGCUUCAACAGAAGUAGGUCGUGAUAAAUGGUUAGAACAUAUUGAUCGCCAGCAAACUUUGUUGCAACACAGAAGUCAGUGGUUUGAGACUGUAACGGUAUCAUCCGAUUUCUUCGUUGGUGAUAACAAAGUCAAUGCAAUUGGUGUUUAUGAUAGUGGUCGUCGGUUGCUGUACGGAACUGAUUAUGGCGUAUAUGUGUCGCUUCGUAAGUCUAAUACUCUUCUUCAGUUUAAGCCUGUCCGAGCUCUCAAUAUGUCCAAUGUAUUUCAGUUGGAAGUUAUUGAAGAAUUCAAUUUACUACUUUUGUUAUCUGACAAAACAUUGUACUCCUAUCCAUUAGAAAUGAUAGAGGCAGAUUCAAAUCAGGCUCCAAAAAAGCCUAGGAAAGUUUGCGGGCAUACUACCUUUUUCCGUGUUGGCAUAUGCCUCGGGCAAGUCUUGGUUUGUGCAGUUAAAAGUUCGGUUUUAAGUGCUACAAUUAAAGUCUUCGAACCAGUGCCACAUCUCGCUAAAGGAAAGAACAUGCCCAGUUUUAAAAAGCUAUUGGCAGUAAACCAAGACCCUUUACGAAUAAUUAAGGAACUUUACAUCCCUACAGAGUCAACUUCAGUACAUUUCCUUAAGAAUAAGCUUUGCGUAGGAUGUACAAGAGGUUUUGAGGUUGUUAGUCUUGACAAUCUAGAAACUCAAUCCCUUCUAGAUCCUGCAGAUACGUCGCUUGAAUUUGUCGAACGCAAGGAAAAUGUGAAACCAAUUGCUAUAUAUCGCAUGAAUGGUGGUGAAUUUCUGUUAUGUUAUACUCAAUUCGCAUUCUUUGUGAAUCGAGAUGGAUGGCGUUCUCGAUCUACUUGGUUUGUCGUCUGGGAAGGCACUCCUCAAAACUUUGCUCUUAGUUAUCCAUAUAUACUAGCAUUUGAGCCUACUUUCAUUGAAGUUAGGCAUGUGGAAACGUCAGAACUAGUGCAUGUUAUUCCCGGUAAUAAUAUCAGAUUGCUUGCCGAUGGACGAGGAAAAUUAGGAGAAGGCGGUGAGAUUUUCUAUGCUUGUGAUCAGCGUAGAGAUAAUGUUGACACAAGUGUCGUCUGUUCCCUUCGACUUACCAGUGCCGAUGCAAAUGUACAUGUAAACGAAGCUUUGACUCCAAGCAAAUGA